UCUUCAGUCUUUCACUCUUUCUCGCCGGUCAGCUCUCUCUCUCUCUCUCUCUCUGCAAAAAAAUCUUUUCCUUCCCCAAUUUUUUUCUUUCUCGCCAAUAUUUUCCCGGAAAGAGACCGGCGAGGCCCGACCGAGCACGUCUCUCCACGCCGUCUUCAACCGCGGGAAAUCCGAGCGAAGCGCCGACAACGAGGUGGUUGUUGUUGCUGCCGCCGCGGCGGCUUCUUUCCCUCUUUUCCUCCUUCCUUCCCUCCUUCCGUGCCGCGUCGGCGAGUUCUCGAGCGCUCUCUCUCCCUCUUCUUCCCCAUCUGCGCUCCAAACCCUAGGCCUAUGCGGCGGCCACAUGCGUCGAUUCUUCUCUAGCAUGGAGUCCAGGAAGAACCGAGGCUCGCGGCCGCGGCUCGAGCGCCGCAACGCGGCGAAGCACUACGACUACGACGCGUCCUCCUCGUCGUACUCCCCGGACGACUCCUCGUCCUCGGCCUCGGCCUCGCUCCACACGCGGUCGCUGGACCUGUGCGAGCAGACCAGCUUCAGGGUCGAGGGGGGCGAGGGCGAGAUCGAUCUGAUAUGCCGGAGCCUGGGGCUGACCGGGAUCGAGGACUUCGCCAUCCCGACGGCGGCGUGGGAGGCGAGGAAGAUCAGGUCGUCCUCCGAUCUCCUGCCCCGGUCGAGGUUGCAGUGGACGGAGAGUCCCAAGGACGGAGGCGAAGAGAAGGCUGCGGCGGAAACCGAGUCGCGGGAUGGGGGGUUGACUGAAUUGACUUGGAUCCAUUCGCCUAAGCCGAAGCGGCGCGAUGAAGUGGUUGAGGAUUCAGGGGACAGCCUUCGCGAGAGACUCGGGGCGGAUGCAAUCCAGUCGAUUCAGGACAAGUCUGUUGAGCUGGGCGGAAAAUCCGUUGCGGUAAGAGGAAGUUGUGGGAUAAAGGGCGCUAGGCCGCCUAUGCUUAAGCCUCCACCCUCAGUUCGGAUUCCGAUAAUUGACGAUGGUUGCUCGACGUGGGACUUACUGAGGUAUUUUGCCCCUGUUGUCGAAGAAGAAGAAAAAGGUUCUAGCGUUGCUGAUGAACGGGUUCAUCCCUCCUCUGAUGAAGAAGACGGAGAUGGAGGAGAGCGGAAUCGAUUAGCAAAUGAAGCGACUAGGGUUGCGGCUGAGGAGGAGCAGGAAAAGGGAGUAAGGUUAGGGGAGACCGCGGUGCUCUCGACAUCUUGCUCAUUUUCGACCUCAAAUGAUGAAGACUCUUCAAGUACUACUACAACUACACCGAUAAUUAUUUCACCGAGUGAGAGAUUCAGACGAAUAAUCGAAAAUUGGGAUAAGGGUCAGCUUCUGGGCCGUGGGUCAUUUGGAUCAGUCUACGAAGGAAUAGCUGAUGAUGGCUUCUUUAUUGCUAUAAAGGAAGUGUCAUUGCUGGAUCAAGGAGAUUUGGGAAGGCAAAGUAUCUUGUAUUUGGAACAGGAGCUUGCUCUUCUAAGUCAGUUUGAACAUGAGAACAUAGUCCGGUAUUACGGCACAGCCAGGGAUGAAUCCAAUCUCUAUAUUUUUCUCGAGCUCAUGACGAAAGGUUCCCUUGCAAAUCUCUAUCAAACAUAUCAUCUAAAAGAUUCUCAAGUCUCUUCGUACACACGACAGAUCUUAAGCGGUCUAAAGUAUCUUCAUGAUCGCAAUGUGCUCCACAGGGACAUCAAAUGUGCAAACAUUUUGGUCGAUGCAAGUGGAAUGGUGAAACUUGCAGAUUUUGGAUUAGCAAAGGCAACCAAAUUGAAUGAUGUCAGAUCUUGCAAGGGCACUGCAUUUUGGAUGGCACCGGAGGUUGUAAAGGCCAAAAACCAUGGCUAUGGGCUUCCCGCUGAUAUAUGGAGCCUUGGGUGCACUGUCUUAGAGAUGCUGACCGGUCAGGUCCCAUAUUCUCCUUUGGAAUGGAUGCAAGCAUUGUUUCGGAUAGGAAGGGGUGAGCCACCACUGCUACCAGAUUCUUUAUCCAGAGAUGCUCGUGAUUUUAUCUCGCAAUGUAUACAAGUUAAUCCUGACAAGCGUCCCACUGCCGCUCAGCUCUUAGAUCAUCCAUUUGUGAAGAGGCCAGUCCCCACAUUAUCGGGGUCGGCAUCUCCUUAUCACGAUCUCGGUAGACGAGCAACUGCAUAAACCAUACCAAAUUCAUCUUUGCUUAUUCGUUGACAUCAACUUCUCACUGCCUUCCUGCGGAUCUAGCUGUAGACCUGUGACUUAUAGAGAGCAUGUAUUUGGUCUGUAUUAUUAGGUUUAGGAAUUCAUGCCUUGCAAAUAUGUUUAGUUUGAUGCCUAGGGUAGGUCAAUUUAUUUUUGCCUCUUGCUUUUCUCUCAAUUUCUUUUUUCACUGGUGAAAGUGAAGAUUGCAAGGGACAGACGACCCUAUCAUUGUUGUCGUCGUCGUCGUGGCGAUGGUGAGAAAAUGAAACGGGGAGACAAAUGUAUAUAAAUAUAUAUCUCUAUCAUGAAAUGCGUGUAUUUAAAUUGAGUGAAGCCAGGUCUAUGAUUCGGAGGUUGAUGUUGGCAAGGAAAAGAGGCCUCAGUUGGAUAUCCAUGUAUUCACUGGUUCAAUUAUUGGAACAAAUAUGCCCCAAUAGUAUAAUCUCUAAUUUGAAACUGCAA